UUCCGGACUAUACAUGCACAAAGAAACAUCGUUGAAGAAACAUUUGGCAAGUGUAACUAUUAUCGGAUCAAUUUACUGCAUCUUUGUUCUAUCUAUAUUAUUCAACGAACUGUUGACUACAGCAAUCGAUUUAAUUAAAAGCAUAUCCAAGUAAGUAUGCGAUGUAAUUCAUGAUGAAAGUGGAUAAGCGAAACGUUUGUCUUGGACCGUCUUUGUUAUUUAAUUAAUCAUGUGUGCUAUAGCAUCUCCAGCACAGCCCGUAUCGAAAGUGCUCAACUUGGCAACAAUAUUUACAAAAUAUAUCAAGGAUCAAUUUCAUCUAUCCAUAUUAGUGAAUAGUGUAUAAAGCAAGCAACAUAGGUAUAUUAGCAAACAUUUUAAGGAAUAUCGGCAAAUAGUAGCUAAUAUGUAGGCUAUACUAUGCAUGGGCAUAGCGGUAUUAUCUUCGCAAUCCUUAGGUUAUAUAGUGGAUAUGUUCUGAACUCAUGCACUGUUAAAGCAAUAUAUUAUAUACAGCUGACUAUAGUCGUCAUGGUUAUUUGCUAUGUGUAUUUCCAGCCGACAAUUUGAAAAUACAAAGAAUAAAACAUAUUCCGAAAAUAUAUGGAUCUUGAAAAUCCAAUAUAAGUCGAAAUAUAAUUCUACAAUUUUGUCUUCAUUUUGAUCGUUAUCUUGGAUUUUCAACUUAACUGAAGAUGAAUAUUUUCGGAUUAACUUUUAUUCUGUAUUAUUCGUCAUAUAUAAAAGCACUUUACAUUGGCAUUGACAUUGUCCCAUUGACUUUCGCUGGCAAUUUGGCAGCUGGAUAAAAAUAGGAAUACGCUUCAAUUCAUGACGAAAAUACAUAUACUCAAUAUCGAGCGCUGAGUUAAAGGCAAAGCCAUUUAGGCAUUUUAAAAUCUACAUGCAGUAGAAAUUGACGCGCCAUGUCGAACAGUCAAAGGCCAAGGGAAACAAGCGGGGAAAAUGAUUAAUAUGUAAUAUAUAUCGGGUGUCCCAAAAAACUGAACUGGACAUGCACUGUUUGAUUUCAUGUAACGUAAAAGCUAUAAAAGUUAUUGAAAUGAAAUAAAGAUCGUUGCAUUCAGAAAAGACUAACUUAGAUUUUGAUAUAUAACAUUUGAAUUUACAUGCAAUAUUGAGCGAGAUACAACCAAAAUAAAAAUAUUUAUUAUUUAACAAGUAUAACUACAUCGGUAAUUAUAAGGUUCAGGACUUCAGGUUUAUGCUAAUUUUUGACAUUUUAAGAAACAGUAUAUAAUUCAACAUUCAAACAUCAAUAGCGCAGUCAAAAUUGCAUGUAAAUUCCAGUACUAUAUAUCAAAAUCUAAGUUACUCCUUUCUGAAUGCAACGAUCUUUACUUCAUUGCGAUAGCUUUUACAGCUUUUACGUUACAUGAAAUCAAACAGUAUCCAGUUUUUUUUUCUGGGACAACCGCGGUAGUACGCGCGCAGUUCGACACAUGGCAAGAUCGUGCAUAUAUAUGCAUCAAAAUUAAACUAUAAAAUUAAAAUCUCAUCUUCUACACAUAUACUGAUAAGCGUCGUUAAAGGAUUAAUUUUAACAAUCAGGUGCCGGUUGUAUGGGGCGCCAAACCUGACAAAAUAAAAAUGGUUCGUGACAUAAAGUAUAUUAAAAUUUACCCCUCUGAUAUAAGAUAUGAUACGCGAGGUAGCUCGUGAUAUAAAGUAUAACUUAUGUACACAUCAAUAUAUAGGAUAUAACCUUAAUGACACAAUAUACAGAGUAUACUUUAACUGUCCGCGAUAUAGGUUAUAGAAAUAAACUGGGGCGAGUUUUUAAUUAUUCAUGUACUGCCAUUUUAAAAUUCACUUCCGGCUUCCGACUGCAUCGUUCAAAAGUGAGCGAAAUUGUGGGUGAUUCACCACAUUAUUAACACUUGUCCUCAUAUUAUUAGUAUCAUCAACAGUUACAGGCGCCGAAGUUGACGAGCUUUCUCCACUGAACGCCAUUUCUCUUUCCGCCAUGAUGCUAAAAUAUCUUCUAAUCUAUUUACUACAUUUCCCGCGUUAACUCAUUUCGUUAUUACUGAUUAAUUUAUUACUGAUUAAUUUUCCUGAUUAAAUUUCAAAGCCGGAAGUGAAUUUUAAAAUGGUACAUGAAUAAUUAAAAACUCGCCCCAGUCUAUUUCUAUAACCUAUAUCGCGGACAGUUAAAGUAUACUCUGUAUAUUGUGUCACUAAGGUUAUAUCCUAUAUAUUGAUGUGUACAUAAGUUAUACUUUAUAUCACGAGCUACCUCGCGUAUCAUAUCUUAUAUCAGAGGGGUAAAUUUUAGUAUACUUUAUAUCACGAACCAUUUUUAUUUUGUCAGCUUUGGCGCCCCAUAGUCAAACAGCUAGACGUCAUUCAAAUUUUAAAUCGAUCUGGGGCUGGUUGUAUAAAACUCUUAAUCACUUUUUUAAUCACUAUUUUGUAGUUAUAAAUAGUGAUUAACUCUCAAAUACGCGCUUCUUAUUGGAUGACGUUUUUUAUAUCACGAACCAUUUUUAUUUUGUCAGGUUUGGCGCCCCAUAUUUGACUGUUUCGAGUUUGAGACGGAUCAUGCGCCUGUUCGAUGGAUUAUAUCUCCAUGCAAUCUGUAUGGGCUCUACUUUUAAAUUUCUCAAAAAAUUUUCCGCAUCACCAAAUUUAUAGAAUCUUUUGAUAUUUUAUACUCUCAACAAUUUGGAUUUCGGAAGAAAAAAACAUUCUACUAUACUUACUAUCUUAUGAACAAUGAUUUCUACAUCUCUCUUUCGAGAAAAAAGGUGAUAUAUUGGCAUAAUGCAUAAAUGGUGCUCAUGCGCGUCAUUGACUAUAAAUUAAUGCUGCUCUUUACAUCGAGCACCUAUUUUAAAUAUUUUGUAGGCAAACCAGUAGCAAUAGACAGAUUUAGAAAGACGACGAGGCCAACACGACAACGCGGUCCCAAUAUCAGCUCAAAAUUGAGAGCUAAGGAACUUGAUUACUGAAAUAAGUUGAAGCUUUUUAAAAUAAGGCUAAGUUCGGGAAAAAAACGAUCUGGUAUUCUGCUAUGCGACAGAUUUUAUGCAAUUCCUCCAACGACGCAACAAACAUUCACGUUGCUCCAAUGAAGUGAAAAUCUUAGUCUAACGUUGUAUUCAGAAUGAUAACGUUAUUGAGGAUACCCUGGCCCUAGGACCACAAAUUAUUUAAACUUUUUGUUUUGCAUAAAUAAUUUCUUUGUUUCGAAGGCAUGUCUUUCAGUUCACGUCGUGUUUUCUAAAUCAGUCUAUCGCUCAAGGUAAACGGCUUUAUAAUUAUUAAGGUAGCAUGCGCUUCAACAUGUAGCACACGGCAGUCUCAGGGCUAAUGAAUCUAGUCUUCCAAGAAGCGCGUUUCAGUAAAAUGGUCUAAAUUCUACAAUAAUGUCGGCAGCCGGAAUAUUCUAUUACAUUUUAUCUUGUUUCCAUUUCUUUACAGAUCAAUAAAAAAUGGCUGACCUACCACCACCACCAUACCCAGGGGCAGAUCAAGGUCCGAGCUAUCCUCCCGGUGACACAACCAAACAACCAAUACCUCCAGAUGGUCCAGGGGUACCAGGGUAUCCUCCACAACCCAUACCAGGGUAUCCUCCACAACCCAUACCAGGGUACCCACCCCGAGCUGGUCCAGCCAAUCUGCAACAAGCCCAGGUUGCAUACCCAGCGCCGACUGGAUAUCCACCACAACACACAGCCGGGUAUCCCCCUCAGCCUAUUGCUGGUUAUCCCCCACAACCUGGUCACCCAGAGUCAGGGUACGCCCCUGUUCCAACAGGCUAUCCACCACCAGGGUAUACACAACAACCCGCGGGGUAUACAUCCACUAACACCAAUACAACUAUUGUUGUAACUGUAAGUUAUAUUUCAGAGCCAUCAUUAGGCAACAGGAUAUAAUAGAGAUGUUCAGAAUUCGACUAUAUUGUGUUUCCUUAAAUGCGCUGGAUGUAAGGAAAAAUCGAUCUUUAAACCAGACAACUUUUGUCUAAAACUGUCGCAUGCAACCUGCUUACAAUUUGAGUUGUACUCGCCUGCGUUAAAAUCGGCCUAUAUAUAGACGUCACGUCUCAUCUUUACCACCGUAAAUCUGGCUAUGUUGUAUCACAAAAACAAGCUAUACCAACCUUCAUAGCAUCAUGACUACAGCCUGGGCCCCAGCUUGAAAAUACGUCCUACGUUCGUGUUUCUGAACUAAAACGAGUUCUUCUCGUCUCUUGCUGCAGCUCCGCAUUCAUUGCCAUUGUCGUUACUGAAUUAAAUUUAUUCUUUUGUAUUCCAGAGGGGUUUUUUUAAAUCAAUUCCAGAGUAAUUCGGACAUUUUUACCGUCCCCAUCAACUUGCUUUCUGGAUUUUCCAUACCUUAAACGUAACAGCGAUUACCUCGUUAAUAUCCGACAGGGCCUUAGCAAGGAUUUUAGAACUGUUUCUAAAUCCCAAGGUGCGUGUACCUGUCAACUACCAAGAAUAGCAAAAAAGCACAGAUCCAGGGGGGGGGGGGGCGAAGGAUUUGGGGAGGAUCACCUAGUUUUGUAAUAUUAAGCUGUGUUCAACGUUAUACCGUCUUAACUAAUUUUCAGUAUCAGAUUGCAUUAACUCAGUGAACCACUAUUCAUUGAUAUGCAUGUUUAUUUUAGCAACAACCUGCAAUUGCACCUGUAGUAGUAAUUCCUUAUGUGAACGAUUACAUGGGAUUGUCAAUAUUCUCUUGCCUGUGCUGUUGGUGUAUUGGACUGUUUGCCAUCAUAAAAUCUUCGGAGGUAGAUAAUUAAUUUUGUUUUUAGCAUAUUUUGUCUUUUGUGAGGGUCAUGAAGGUGUAAAAUAGGAACUGGGAUUAGCCUUUUUUGAACUCAAGGAAAGUGGAAUUUACUGCACUGGGAUUUAACCACUGGGCAUGGAAUACAAAAUUUUGAAAAUGGGAUUUCUCUUUUCUUGAGUGGACACCGACUCUACUAUUCGAUACAACUGCUUAAAGUCCUUUAAUGAUCGAUUUCAUAAACAAAAAUUAAAUUAAAUUCUGUAAUAGUAGACCCCAGAAAAGCACAUUUUCGCCUGAUCUCGCCUUCUUGCCGCGAGCGAACCUAGCGACCACGUUUUCAUGCUCAGCAGUUUGUUGUAAUGAGUGGAGUGACAGUGAAUUUGGUACCCCUUUCACGAUCCUCCUCUAGUGGAAACUCUGAAUUGGCUUAUUAAAUAUUCCUCUUUCUCCAGGCAAGAAGCAACUACAACGCAGGCAAUUACACACAAGCUCUGGCCUCGGCAACAACGGCACGAAAUCUUUCGUAUAUUUCGAUAUUUUGUGGGAUUGUCAUACCGAUCCUGAUCAUCAUCAUAAUAUCAGCAUAGAUGUACGACCCCCCCAAAGACAUUAACAUGUAAUGUAAUUUAUGUUUGCUAGUCCUAGAUUCUAAAAUAAAGUUCAAAUUUGCUAGUAUGUAUAUGUUUAUAGGUAUAGGUCAUAAUGAGUUUAAUAAAACGGUUUGUGCGUAGGUGUGG